AAAAGUAAAUCACUCAUUAAAAUAGGAUAAGCUUCGCGAAUUUAGCAAAUUAGGUUUAUAUAUAUACAGUCAGUCAAAAUAAAAUAGGUGAGUAAAAGAGUAACUCUACCAACUUUUCUUUAUCACACAAUCUCUCUCGCCUCUUCUUUUGCCUAUAAAAAGGCAGCAGAGUCCCAACAGUUCACAAUACUUAUAUCACCACCUGCACCCUGCGGUUCUCUGCAAUUCCUCUCUUUUCUUCUCCUGAAAUCGGUUCUCUAAUUUUUACAAAAUUAAGAUGGCGAUGAAGCGUGCUGCUGUUUCUGCAGUUCGUGCUUUUACUUCUUCAGGGAACCCCGCCCCUUCAGUUCUAGCCCGCGGCCUUCACGCUUCACCCGGAAGCAAGAAGAUUGUGGGCGUUUUCUACAACGCAAACGAGUAUGCUUCGAUGAAUCCCAAUUUCCUCGGUUGUGUUGAGAAUGCUUUGGGUAUACGUGACUGGUUGGAAACUCAGGGUCACGAGUACAUCGUUACUGCCGACAAAGAUGGCCCACAUAGUGAGCUCGAGAAACACAUGUCCGAUCUCCAUGUGCUGAUUAGUACCCCAUUCCACCCGGCAUACGUGACAGCCGAGAGAAUCAAAAAGGCAAAAAAUCUGCAGCUUCUGCUCACGGCUGGAAUUGGCUCGGACCACAUUGACCUCAAGGCGGCUGCCGCUGCUGGAUUAACAGUGGCGGAGGUCACCGGAAGCAACGUUGUCUCGGUAGCUGAAGAUGAGCUGAUGAGGAUUCUCAUCCUCGUUCGGAAUUUCUUGCCUGGGCACCAUCAGGUGAUUAAUGGUGAAUGGAAUGUUGCAGCCAUUGCCCACCGAGCUUAUGACCUUGAAGGUAAGACUGUCGGAACAGUUGGCGCCGGAAGAAUCGGCCGACUUUUGCUGCAGAGGCUGAAGCCUUUCAACUGUAAUCUGUUGUACCACGAUCGCCUUCAGAUGGACGCUGAGCUGGAGAGUCAAAUCGGGGCAACCUACGAGGAGGAUCUAGAUGCUAUGCUUCCGAAAUGUGACAUCAUCGUCAUUAAUACGCCUCUCACUGAGAAAACCAAAGGGAUGUUCGACAAAGAGAGGAUAGCGAAGCUUAAGAAGGGAGUUUUGAUCGUGAACAACGCUAGAGGUGCGAUUAUGGACACGCAAGCCGUUGUCGAUGCUUGUUCGAGUGGGCAUAUAGCAGGUUACAGUGGAGAUGUGUGGUACCCGCAGCCUGCACCGAAGGAUCACCCUUGGAGGUACAUGCCAAACCAAGCUAUGACCCCUCAUAUAUCGGGAACUACAAUUGAUGCACAACUUCGUUAUGCUGCUGGAGUGAAAGACAUGUUGGAGUGUUAUUUCAAGGGGGAGGAUUUUCCGGAACAAAACUACAUUGUCAAGGACGGAGAAUUGGCUAGCCAAUAUCGCUAGAUGUGCUUUCGCCCGAGUGUCGAUUCUGCCAUCUCCGACUAAUGCCAGAUCUAAUGAGUUGCUAUUUAAAUAAAAAAAGAACAUGACUUUUGUUCGGGUGUGUAAUUUCUUGUUUUAAGUUGACUCAAACUUUGGAAUUAACCUUGAUGCAUAUGGAUUUCCAGUUCUUUUUGUGCAUGUGUUGGUUGUGUUUGUAAUCACAUAUAUGAUAAUUAGUAUUAAUCUUGUUUAAA